AAAACAAGCGGCCAACUGUCGUCGUGCUGCGUAGCAACUCCUGCCUUGCUCUUCGAUGCAACAUUGAAUUGAAAUUUGAAAACGUUGCUGUUAAACAAACAUGGCAGACGAAGAGAAUUUACCUUCCGGAUGGGAGAAAAGAAUGAGCCGUAGUUCAGGCAAAGUGUAUUACUUUAAUCACAUCACCAAUGCCAGCCAGUGGGAACGUCCAGUGGGAGACGGUCGUGGAGAGCCAGAAAAGGUACGCUGCUCUCACCUGUUGGUGAAACACAGUCAGUCGCGUCGUCCGUCUUCCUGGAGAGAACAAAAUAUCACGCGAUCUAAAGAUGAGGCUUUGGACCUCAUUCAGAAGUACAUUGAACAGAUCAAGUCCGGAGAGGAGAAAUUUGAAAGCUUAGCCUCUCAGUUCAGCGACUGCAGCUCAGCGAAAAACGGCGGAGACCUCGGCGUGUUUGGAAGAGGUCAGAUGCAGAAGCCUUUUGAAGAUGCUUCCUUCGCUCUCAAAGUGGGAGACAUGAGCGGCCCCGUUUUUACCGACUCCGGAGUUCACAUCAUCUUACGUACCGGCUGAAAGGAAGACACCAAACGCUCUCCCUCUCCAUUAUCACGUGCAUUUACUGAAACUAACCCAAGCAGGCUUGCCAUUUGUUUAAACUGCACUCAUAGCCCCCAAUAAGUCAAACAUACAACAUGUACUGUAAUAUUCUGGGUGGGAUUCUUUUUCCCCCUACUUAGCAAAGGUAUGAUUAUUAAAAUUAUUCCGAAAACAAAGGACUAUUCCUCAAGACCUUAAGCUUUUAUCAACCACAGCAACGCCAUGAUAGAAGAAAGAUUAGUGCCUGAAUUGUGGCUGACCCCUGAAAAACAUGCAAAAAGAAGCCUGUAACUGUCACGUGCAUGUCUUCAGUAUGGACCAUUUAUUGUUUUUUGUUUUUUUUAUUUCUUCUCCAUUCCUGCUGUGUGCCAAAGCAGUUCCUUUAGCUGAAUGAUUAAAGAUUUAUAGCUAGGAUGUUUAAAAUGUGUUCAAGAUGUCACACAUUGCUGCGGAUGGAGAAUAGGCGGUUAGUUUGGAUUCCUCAAACAACACUCUUAAGCUGUCUGACUUCAAAUAUUAAAAAAAUAAGAGUUUGUUCAUUAAAAAAAUGUCUUUAGAAAGAGCCUGUUUGAUUUCAAAUGGCACCAUUGAAAGCUUGUAGGUUUUAAGAUAAGGUCCCACAGCUUUUAAAAGCCUCAAUAAUCCUAUGAAGUGUUGACACUGUUGUAACUGGGGAAUAAAGUUUAAAAAAAACCCA